AUGCCGAAGGCAGAAGUCGGUUCGACGAAGUACCUAAGCAACAAGCUCAAGUCCAAGGGCUUGCAGCGGCUGCGAUGGUACUGCCAAGUAUGUUCCCGACAGAUGCGGGACGAGAACGGCUUCAAGAUGCACGUCCAGAGCGAGAGCCACGUGCGGCAGAUGCUGGUGGUGGGCGAGGACCCGAAGAAGGCGAUCAACGAGUUCAGCGAGCAGUUCAAGAAGGACUUUCUGCAGCUGCUGCGGACGGGCCACGGCACCAAGAGCGUGCAGAUCAACCAUUUCUACCAGGAGUACAUCGCCAACAAGGAACACGUCCACAUGAACGCCACGCGCUGGCCGUCGCUGACCGAGUUCGCAAAGUAUCUCGGCCGCGAGGGCAUCUGCCGCGUCGAGGAGACGGACAAGGGCAUCCACAUUGCGUGGAUAGACAACUCGCCCGAGGCGCUCAAGAGGCAUGAGGCGCUGCGGCGCAAGGAGAUGCAGGACAGGGGCAAUGAGGAACUGGAGCAGAAGAUGAUUCGUGAGCAGAUCAAGCGGGCGGAACAGGCGGCCAGGGCUCGAGGAGACACCGAAAAAGAUGAAGAAGAGGACCGAGGGUUGCAGAGGCAAGAAGGCGAAAAGAUCAAACUGUCAUUCGGAGCCAAGGCGGCUCCCAAAGAGGAUCCGAGUGCAACAGCCUCGCCUGCCGAAGGACAGCAGUCACCGAAGAAGAGCCCGUCAGCAGAGGUUGCUAUAUCAGGUGCUACGGAUGGAUUGCCCAACACGGACAGCGCUCUAGAACAGGCCAAGGCGUCUGAAAAGGAGGCCGAAGCGAAACCCUUGGCCUUGAAAUUCGGGGCUAAACCACAACCGAAGAAUGUGUUCGCACAAGCCAAGAAGGGCAACGCUUUUUCUAGUGGCGCAAAGAAGUCUGCCAAAAUCGAGCAGCCCAAGAAAAUGAGCGAGGCCGAGAGAAUCAUGAGAGAGGAGAUGGAGAGGCAGGAACGGAAGAGGCAACGAGAAGGAUCAGGUUUUGGCGGUCCCAACAAGAAGCAACGCCAGUAG